UGCAACCGGAAAUAAAAUAAUCCCCGGAGUCCGACUGCUUUGUUCAAUGAAUCAAUCUUUAUUUGGUCAUUUCCCGUAAUUUUUCCGCUUUCAGUCAUAUUCCAGUCUGUUUCAGAGAAUGGAGGCUUUCAGGGAUGCUGUUCGAAGAGUCAUGAGCGGGUCUUCUGACGACCAACAGUUGGACUGCGUGCUCAUGGCGUCAGUCCAGAAACAGCUGACCGAAGUCGCUGACGCAGUAGCUUCUGUCUGGCCACUGGCUGCACUGUCAGAACCAGAGAGACGCGAGUGUGCCAAGACUUCAGCUGUAAAGCGAUUUCCGGCGAGAAGAAUCGUCUACGAUGACGUUCACAACUCCAUCGAGGCAAACGCUUACUUCGUGCUCGAAGGACGGUGUACUUGCAUGCAGCGACUCCGAGUCCGUAAAACGACAGCAUAUGGCCGAAACCAUUUCACUCUGAUCCGUGACCAUGGCGGCGACAACCAAUCGAAUUUGGAUUUAAAAAAAAACGUACAGACGGUCUAUGUGAAGAUGGCCGAUCUGCGCCCGGGUUCGGUUUUCGGUUUGGGUGAAAGGCGUUCGGGGCGAAUAGUGAUGGCCACGGCCGAUGUCAAGUGUUUGCUGGUCCCUUUAGCGUUUCUCGCCAAGCACAACGCAUCCAACAUCUGGGGACGAACUGUGUGCUCCCUGAACGGUACCAACCCGACGGCCGAACAGUCGUUCCGGAAGUUUGUCGUGGAAAACAGAUGGGCAGAGUACAAGAAGUCGUUAGCAGACGACUUGUUCCGGAAACGCCGACCAUAGUAUUGUUAUUAUUAUUAUGACCACUGUGAAUAAUAUUAUUUUUUAUGUUAUUUUUACGUACGACGUAGUAUAAUCGUAUCGUGUUUUUUUUCUUUUUAUUAUGACUAAAGAGGUUAAGUACCUACCUUUGGUUUAAGUAACCUAUAUAACGAGGUUUUGUCUUUUUAUCGUGUUGUCGUUAAAUUUACAAUAAAUUACAUAAUAAAUAUGCGUGUUCACGGUAUCCAAAACUACUGCAAGAGAGAGAAAGAGUUUUAUGAUUUGUGUUCAAUAUACGCACACGUACUAUACAUUUUAUAUUAUAUAGACAUGGGUUUGAUGUACCAUGCAAACAAUACACCAAGCUCAUAGCUUUUAACGGUAAGCCUUUCGUCGAACGGCAAUUCGGUCAGAUGAUAAUAAAACUUGUAUCGUCGCACACGUAUCUAUUGAGGCCUUUCGCAAUAUCAUCCGUCGCGACGCGUCGGCCAGCAUACAUCAUGAUUGACGGAUUCUUAUAACAAUUCCGAAAAUUCGUAUCCUAUCCUAACUUAAUCCAACGGCCAACCUAUUACUCUAAUAACGUGUUUCAUGGAAGGAAAAACUAAAUUCGUAUGCAGACAGAAUAAGUAGAAGACGUGUCCCAGGGUUAGGUUAGGUUAUUGCAUCAAAAUAGUAUAAGGUACAAUAUUUUUUCGUGUGUAGGAUAUUUAAUUUGUAUUGGACUAGUAAUUUAUAUAUUAUAUUAGAUGAGUGACGUAGCAGGAUAACAAUAUUUCGGAAAAUGUGUACUGCUUCAAAAUGUGUGAUAUUGCCAGAAGAGAAACAAAACACUCACCAUAGUAAGACCUAUGCAUUAUUAUUUUAUCAACUCUCUCAAAUCACGAUCCGAAUUCGAAUAAAUUACCUUCAUCAGACAGUCACAUAAGUACAUUACAAUUAUAUACUUACUCGUUUGAUAGAAGGAUUUUGUUUUGUUUCUUUUUUUGAAUAAAACAAUCUAUAUCCGAUAAAAAGGUACACAGUGAGUUAUAAGGACAUAAUAUCAUAUUAUGAUUAUUAUAAUGACAUGAGCUGUGUGAAGAGUACACAAUUAAACAGUUGACACGACGCGUGUAAUGUUAUUUACACUUCUCAUUCAUAAUUUCAUGUAUAAUAAAUUAUAAUAAUAGCAUAAUAUCGUAUAAAUACUACUGUAACAAUACAAAACACGCAUAAUGAAAAUGUUAUAUAAUAUAUUUUAUUGUUUUCAUUAGAAAUAACACGAUACGUUUUUUAAAUGGUUUUUUUUUUUUACAAUAAUUAACUUAAAAUACAAUAUUACAUAUUAUAUUAUUAUAGUAUGGUAUUCGAACAAAGAUAAG